AUCGUCGCGCACUCCGCCGCGCUAGCUCGCCCGAGAACCAACGGGUUAGGCGACGCAAGAGCAAGACGCGACUAAAAAACUUAGCUACGCUCUACGUUGCUUCCAUCCUUGUCCUUGCUUUUAGUUAUUAUCAUCUCUAUCUUUUCUUGUCGUUUGUUUAAAUAAAUAUAUAUAUCUAUAUAUAUCCAACAAAGUAAUUAAUAAUUAUUUUAUUAAGUAAUAAUUAAACUGACCAAUAAAUCAAGUGUGAAGUGAAAUUAAUUAUAAAAAAAAAAAGAAAAUAAUUUACAAAAAGACUCCCGCCAGUUUAAUGUGAGUCCCCAUUGGGAUACUGAGCUUUUAGCCGUUGAAAACGACAUAAAAAAAAUAUGGCGCUGUGGGCAAAAGCGCAGCAGUUGCCACAAGAGGCGCUCCAGCAAAUUCGUUCAGUCUAUGGUGAGCACUUUCCUAUAGAAGUUCGUCAUUUCCUCGCUGCUUGGAUCGAAGAAAAAAUGUGGGCAGAUAUAGAGCCAGAUAACCCGCAGCAUGAGCCCUACAUCUCCAACCUUAUCGGUUCCUUGAUCCAGGAACUCGAAUCCAAAGCCGCUUCUCUUCAAACCGAGGACUUGUUCCUCACCAAACUCAAGCUUAUGGAAGCUGCAAAGAUGUUCCGGCAGCGGUACAACACCAACCCCACAACCCUGUUCCGUAUAAUUCGGCACUGCCUGGGGACCGAGAUGAAGCUGGUUGCGCAAGUGGAGAAUUUAGGCGGCGCAUUGAUGAGUAUGGCUCACGGUCGCGUUGGCAUGAUGGUUGGGGACUCGGUCACAGAGAUUGCCCAGCAGGUUGAGGCUCUUCGACGACGAACUCAAGAGACCGGUGAGGAUCUGCGUAAGAUGGAACAAGAGCAGGAAGCUUUCGCUAUCAGCUACCACGAGUGCACGAAAUUAAAUGCUCAUCUUCAGCAGCUGGCGACUCAUCCCCAGAACCAGCAGAGUAUCGACGCCGAGAAGAAGAUCCGCCGGCAAAAGGAGCAACAGGAACAGCUUCUCAAUCACAAAGUCGCUAAUCUGAUGCAGCUACGUCUUACUCUGGCGGAUAAACUCAAGGACACCAUCACCAAAUUGAACAGCCUCCAGUCAAAGGUCCUCGAUGACGAGCUGAUUCGAUGGAAACGCGACCAGCAGCUCGCGGGAAAUGGCGCCCCAUUUAACUCAACCCUAGACUCGAUCCAGGAAUGGUGCGAAAGUUUAGCGGAACUAAUCUGGCUCAACCGCCAGCAGAUAAAAGAGGCAGAGAGGUUGAAGUUGAAGCUAGCACUGGAUCCACCAGGUGUCCAAGACAUUUUACCGCAGCUCAACUCGUCCAUCACCCAGCUGCUGAGUUCUCUGGUCACCAGCACGUUCAUCAUCGAGAAGCAGCCACCCCAGGUGAUGAAGACCAACACCCGGUUCACUAGCACCGUCCGACUCCUGGUUGGGGGCAAGUUGAACGUCCACAUGACCCCACCCCAGGUUAAGGUCAGCAUUAUCAGCGAGGCCCAGGCCAAUAGUUUGUUAAAGAGUGACAAGAUGGCCAAGGGAAGCGAAGCCAGUGGAGAAAUUUUAAACAACACCGGGACCAUGGAAUACCAUCAGGCCACCAGGCAGCUGAGUGUCAGCUUCAGGAACAUGCAGCUCAAAAAGAUUAAGCGGGCGGAAAAAAAAGGAACAGAGUCAGUGAUGGAUGAAAAGUUCUCGCUAUUGUUUCAGUCCCAGUUCAGCGUUGGAGGUGGGGAACUGGUCUUCCAGGUAUGGACUCUGAGUCUCCCUGUGGUGGUAAUUGUUCAUGGAAACCAGGAACCACAUGCUUGGGCGACGGUAACUUGGGACAACGCUUUCGCUGAACCAGGGCGAGUUCCCUUUGCGGUUCCGGAUAAAGUUCCCUGGUCCCAGGUCGCUGAGGCGUUGAAUGUUAAAUUUAAGUCUGCGACUGGAAGACAUUUGAUGGAGGACAAUUUGAGGUUUCUUGCUGAAAAGGCUUUUAGAGGAGGAUACCCAGGGGAUCAGGAUUAUUCGAAUUUGAUGUUAAGCUGGGCCCAAUUCUGCAAAGAGCCGCUUCCUGAGAGGAACUUUACAUUCUGGGAGUGGUUUUACGCGGUUAUGAAGCUCACAAGAGAGCAUUUGAGAGGGCCAUGGACGGAAGGAUUUAUCUUGGGAUUCGUGAGGAAGAAGCAGGCAGAAGAAAUGCUCGCGACAUGCCCCAGUGGGACUUUCUUGAUGAGAUUUUCAGACUCCGAGUUAGGUGGUGUCACUAUUGCUUGGGUUGGAGAUCAAACUGAAGUGUUUAUGCUGCAACCAUUCACCAGCAAGGAUUUUGCUAUCCGUUCUCUCGCCGACAGAGUAUCAGAUCUUCAACACUUGCUCUAUUUGUAUCCUGACAUAUCAAAAGAUCAAGCAUUUGCGCGUUACUAUACCCCAUUUACGGAGAGUCAACCGACGUCAAACAACGGGUAUGUGAAACCACUUCUCGUGACCCACGUACCAGGUUGGGGUGGUCCAGGCGUAGGCGGGCAAACUCCCUCCCACUCUUCUGUCGUCGGCAUGGGUAGUAAUCAGGGUCACGGAAGUUAUCCAGCAACACCGUCAAAUAUGUUCCAAGCACACAGUCCUGAUCCUUCUGUUCGUGACACUCCGUCAGUUGCAUCCAGUUACGCUCCGGGUCUUGGACAAUCUUCAAAUCCUGGUGGCCGUCCUAGUGACAUGGAUUACGCAGAAUUAAUUGGUCACACUGAGAUGCCAUCAAUUGACGAAAAUCUUAAUCUGGAUCAGCUCAAUGGAUUUGGAUUCAAUGAAUUUAUACAGUCGUACAAACCACAAUAAU